AUGGCGUUUGACCCCCAUCGCGCUCACGCCGACCCUCACGCCUACCCACCCGUCACCUCGCCGUACUCGCACGACCACGACGCAGGCAUGGCUGCCCCGCGACCCUUCAGGCAGGGCUCGUCAGCCAACUCGAGCACCAACAGCAUCGACGAGCAGACCGGCCAGCUCCCGUACGUCAACUACGGCUCGCAGCCCUCGCUCCCGCGCUACCAGUCGCACGCCGGCUCUGCCACCUCGCUCGCCAACCCGUCGCCCCUGAACCCCGCAGCGACGCGCUCGUCCGCCCAGGGCUACUCGCCCAACCCGCCCAACGUCCGCUACUCGGCGUACGGCGGGUACCAGGGCCAGCAGGGCGCGCCCGGUCAGGGCGCGCACCCGCUCUCGAACGCCAUGUACAUGGAGAGCAGCCCGACCCUCGCUGGCUCCGACAUGAUGAGCCCCAACGUCGAGAAGCACCAGGACGAGAAGAUGCGCCUCGGCGCCGGAGACCAGCUCGGCGAGUACAUCGCCCCGACGACGAGCUCGUCGUCUGGCAACAGCGCGCCGUACCGCCGUGGCCCCAAGCCUACCGGUCUCAAGGCGCUUUACCGCGCAUGGAGCGGCGCCAACCUCGCCGAUAGCGGAAAGGACGACCGGCACGUCAAGCUGCCGCACCUGGGUUACCUCGACGGAAUGAAGUUUAUCGCCGCAUGGGUCGUCCUCAAUGGCACUUACUUUGCUGCCACCAUCUCCGACAACGACUACACCGCCAUCCAGCGCAGCAGCCCGCUUUACAUCGUUCGAUCGACCAACCUCGGCUGGACCUUCCUCCUCGUCCUCAUGGGACGCUCGCUCAUCACCCCCUUGUGGGACGUCCCCUCCCCGUCCGCGCCCGCCGCCGCCGGCGCCCAGCCCAAAUCAGCGCUCAUCUCGUGGGCUCGCCUCACGCGCGCCAUGCUCGUCCGACCCUUCCGCUUCAUCCUCCCCGUCCUCGCUGUCGUCGCCGUUCAGUGGGGCGUCGCUGCCAACGGUGACACGGCCAACUGCAACAACGUCGGAAUGGACGAGCCGUACUGGCGCCUCGUCUCGAACUUUGCCGGCUACUGCACCCUCGUCUUUGACCUCUUCACGACCUACGAGACUUCGACGAUCGCCGGCCAGACGUUCGCGGGCAACCUGUGGACGAACCCGUGGUUCUUCCAGGCAUCGUACGCCGUCUACGUCAUCCACCUCAUGCUCGGCAACCUCUCGUCGAACCGGUACUGGGUCUACGCCCUCAUCGGCUUCUUCAGCUGGACGACGUACAACUACAUCUUUGCGGCGCUCCUCGGUCUCGUCAUCGCCGACAUGCACGCGCACGGCCACCUGCACAAGAUCCGCACCAAGUGGCCCGCCUGGCAGCGCCUGUCGCUCCACGCCGUCCUCAUCGCGAUCGCGCUCGUCUUCCAGUGGGUGCCCGUCAUCCGCGACAACGUCAACUCGGGCCUCGCAAAGAUCAACGUGACCGACCACCCCGAGCUCACCUUCUGCGACGCCAUCUUUGCCGCGUGCUGGCUCUUCUGCAUCGAGACGUCCGGCAUCGCCCAGACCGUCUUUGGCAACAUCGUCAUGCGCAACCUCGGCAAGCUCUCGGCGGGCAUGGUCCUCCUCGCGCCCGUCAUCACCUACACCCUCGUCCCCGACAUCGCGCUCAACAUGCACAACAACGGCUCGUCGGCGUCGAGCGUCCUCGGCGUCUGCUGGGUCGCCAUGUUCGGCAUCGUCUUUGCGCUCGCCAUCGCGUUCCACUUUGCCGUCGAGCUCCCGAGCAAGAUGAUGGGCGAGGUCUUUGCCGAGCUGAUGGAGAACUGGAACGGCGAAGGCUUCCGCAAGGGCGGGAACGUCGUCAAGAAGGCCGGCGGCGCCGCCAAGCUCUCGAAGAAGUAG